AUGCCGAUUACAUCUCACCGAAAAGAUAGUCAGAAGAGAGUAAAUCAUCAACGACAAAAUCAUGAUUCCGAUGAAUACUUUGAUUAUCGAUACUACAAAUCACCAUCGACGAAUGCAAGUUAUGAAUAUGAAGAUCAAUAUUAUCAAACACGUACAACAAAUAAUUUCACUCCAAUGCGGCGAACCGUAAUGAGGAAUGAUCAGUAUUUUGUGAUUCGAACAAUGUCUUAA